GAAAUGUAAAACCCCAAAGGCCAAAACAACUAAAUCGUGGGUGGGGUAUCUAUCAAUCCGAUCAAAAUCCCCCAUUCAUUCCAAUUAAUCUCCAAUCCUAGGGUUCCUUCCUUCCUUCCUUGUGGCUGGUGCGUUUUCUUCGUUGACUAAUCGAUUGUAUCAUCAGCAGGAGGAGGUUGGGAUGACGAUUAACGAGACGACGACGACAGGUGCUUCAUCACGAAGAAGUGUGGUAUUGCCAAGGAAGAGUGAUUCUUCACGAAGAUCUCUUUCUUCUACUCCUCGUCCCACGGCCUUAACAGGAGAACGCACCGUGAAGCGACUACGUCUCUCAAAAGCCUUAACAGCACCUGAAUCUACAACCAUUAAUGAAGCCUGCCGUCGCAUGGCUGCUCGCAAAGUCGAUGCUCUUUUGCUCACCGAUUCAAACGCAUUACUUUGCGGCAUAUUAACCGACAGGGAUAUCGCAACAAGAGUUGUCGCUCGUGAGCUUGAUCGUGAGACCACUCCUGUUUCAGCGGUUAUGACACGGAAUCCGAUUUUCGUAAUUUCCGAUACUCUUGCAGUAGAGGCCUUACAAAAAAUGGUUCAAGGAAAAUUCAGACACUUGCCGGUUGUGGAAAACGGAGGGGUUGUUGCUAUUCUUGAUAUAGCAAAAUGUUUAUAUGAUGCAAUUGCGCGGAUGGAAAGGGCUGCUGAAAAGGGGAAAGCGAUUGCAGCUGCCGUUGAAGGUGUUGAGAAGCAUUGGGGAUCCUCUGCUUCUGGUUCCAACACGUUCAUUGAAACACUUCGAGAGCGACUGUUCAAGCCCUCUUUAUCGACCAUAAUCUCAGGAAAUCCAAAGCUUGUGACUGUUUCACCAUCGGACACAGUGCUAAUGGCAACAAAAACGAUGUUGGAAUCUCACACUAGCUCCGCCAUUGUAACAGUUGAUGGCAAACCACGGGGGAUUUUAACCUCUAAGGAUAUCUUGAUGCGCGUUAUAGCACUCGGUCUUUCUCCUGAAUCUACCAUAGUGGAAAAGGUGAUGACUCAAAAUCCUGAAUGUGCUGCGGUUGAUACACCGAUCGUUGAGGCCCUGCAUAUUAUGAAUAAAGGAAAGUUUUUACAUCUUCCUGUUAUUGAUAAAGAUGGAACUGUCCUUGCUAUUACUGAUGUACUCCAGAUCACUCAUGCAGCUGUAGCGUCAGUUGGAAGUACCGCAGGAAUUGAUAGUGAUGCUGCGCAUUCAAUGAUGCAAAAUUUUUGGGAUUCUGCCAUGUCCGCACCACCUGCAGACGAUGAUAGUGAUACCCGAAGUGAGAGUUCGUUAAAAUUAGCAUCUGAAAGUGGGACGGAUAUUGGAAAAGCUUUUUUUCCGUCACCUACACUACCAAAUACGUUUGCUUUCAAGAUACAAGAUAGAAAGGGUCGAAUGCAUAGAUUUAUGUGUGAAACUCAUAGUUUGACGGAGCUUAUAACUGCAAUACUUCAAAGAGUUGGUGGUGAGAUUGACCGCAACAACCUCCCGCAAAUUCUGUAUGAAGAUGAAGAUAAAGAUAUGGUGAUACUUGAAACAGAUAGUGAUCUUGUUGCAGCUGUGGAACAUGCAAAAUCAGCUGGUUGGAAGGGAUUAAAGUUGCAUCUAGAUUACUCAGGGAUGCCUAGAAAUCGAAAAGGUUCAUCACGUGGUGGUGGUCUGGAGCAUGCUCAUGCGGAUGCAUGGGCAUCGGCAUACAGUUCGGUUGCAGCCGGAGCUGCAUUAGUUGCUGGUUUAGGUGUGCUAGCCUUCUUAAGAAGAGCUGGCAAUUGACACCUUGUGUUCCUUAGUAACCCUUAAAGGGUGACACGUCACAGCGAACAUUUGAGUUAAAAGACUCGAAAACAUUGAUAAUGUCGAAAAUUUUACUAGUAUACAUGAAAAAACAAAAACAAGAAUGUUAUUUGAGUUGCUCUCUACUUGAGAGUUGAGAGUGUGUAUUGUAUGUAUGAUGAUUGAUUCAUUUCGGGUUUUAUUAUGGACCAACUAUUUAUUGUAAUAAUUUUUCACAUAUGUAACAAUUAAAUAAUGUAUUUUCUAGAAUUUAAUCAUA